AAGUACUCCUUCCUUUGACCCUUGUUGCCCUAAGCAAACGUCUAUAACCUUUUCGAUAUGUCAAAACCGGGAUCAGCUGUGAAUUUCUAUAUGGAAUAUGAUAUUUAUGUUACGGCAAUAAAAUUAUUAGCCUAGAAAAAGAGAAACUCAAAAUGUCUAUUAUUUGUGAAGAGGUCUUUGAUGAAAUCAGUAUUCCAUCUGAGGAAGAAAUAAGGGACUAUGCCACCAAAAUUGGGAUUGAUCCCGAUUCAGAGCCUCAGUUACUACCUUUAGCAGCAGAAGGAUUGAUGAAAGCUUUGCCACCUGGAUGGAAACCUUGCUAUGAUGAUAAAUCGAAGUCCUACUACUACUACAACAACUUGACAAAAAAAACCCAAUGGGAACAUCCGUUGGAUGACAUUUACAGAGGCUUAGUUAAAAAGGCUAGGACGGAAAGUCAAUCUUUCAGUCUACAAGAUAAUAGAGAAGAUAUGACUUAUGUAACUGAUGACAUUUUGAGUAUGGAUGAGCAGCCUAUUCUGAACAUUCCACCGAAGAAGUUGGACUCGCUUCCUCUAGGUGCAAGAAAAAAAGACAUAAAACUCUCACCUCUGAAAAUGAGUCCAAGCGCAAGUCCCAAGAGAGAACUGAAGCUAUUCAAACAGAAAUCUGAGGAUUUUGCUGUGGGAACUAAAAAAUUGUCGCUGGGUUUCAGCAGUUUAGAUGAAGACGGAUCUUUCGAUAAACAUCCAAGGAGUUUGGAUAAUAAAACCGAGCUCAAAGUCUCUGGAGGGGGUAGUAUGUUUCUGAAGUCGAAUACGAUGAGGAAGUCUAGUGAUGCAGUGCUCAGUCCACCAACAGGAAAAUUGGAGGCGUUACAGGAUUCUCAACAACCAAGAAGUAUAUUAAGAGAAAAGAAUAGUAUAGAACAUUCCAAAAGUUUAGAAUUCGACAAAUUAACCACUUUUGAUAAAUCAGAAAAAGACGAUGACGAUAAAAAAAGUGUGAGAUUCAACUUGGACAACAAUACUGAUAUUGGUAUCACAUUUUCUGAUAAGAGCUCAAGUGAGGAAGAGAUCAUAAAUAGCGACAAAAAUAAACCGGAGGAAGUAAUCAAUGUGAAAGUUACUCCUAGUAAAAGCAGGUUUACUGUAAAUCCUGUCUUAGAACCUGUAAAAGUGAACAAUUCUUUGAAAGUUGUCAAACCCAACCCGAAAGAUUUCAUCAAACCGAAACUGACCCUAAACAAAAGUUCAGAUUCGGAUGAAGACACCAGAAGCAUUGAAAAACAAGGAAUCGUCAAUCCAGAAGCAUUUUUCGAUACAGACAACUCUGAUUCCAGCCCAAGUGAAAAAUUAACUGAGAAAUCAAGAAAACUCCAGGAAAAAGUUGAAAAGAAACUAGAGAAGCUGAAGUUGGAUAUUUGGGAGGAAAAAAAUGAAGAAAUGAGCAAAUAUAAAUUAGACCUAGAGAAUUCUCACAAACAAGAACUGAAAAGGAUUUUAAUGGAAGAGCAAUCUAACCAAGAAGAAAUUAAAAAAGCUGAGAUAGAGAAAUUGAAAGAAGAAAUAAACAAAAACCAUGAGCAAUUAAUGAAGGAAGAGAGGAAUAAGAUGGAAGAGCGUUUGUCAGUUCUGAAAAAUGAUUUGGAGACCGAGUUCAAGGAAGAGGAAGAAAGAAUGAAAAUAAGUAUUGAGGCGAAAAAAGAGGAGCUAGAGAAAUACUAUGAGGAAAAACUUGUCGAAACGGAAAAGGAGUUAGCUGAACGGGUAGAGAAGAAUAGAGACGAGCUGAUUUUCAAUCACAAUGCCGAUAUUGAACAGCUGAAACAAAAUCAUUCGAUAAUCAUUGAAGAACUCAAGAAGGAGUUUCAAGCAGAGGAACAAAUAUUGAGAAAGGAGCAUCAGACAAAAAUGACUGAACUGAAGGUCAAGUUCAAAAACGAACAGGACCAAGAGAAAGGCAAAAGUGUUUGCGAUGAAAGGACAUACGAAAAAUUGAGGUGUGAAAAGAGAUUACUGGAAGACAAAUAUAGAUGUUUGAAGGAAAAAUAUCUCAAGUUGAAAACUGAAGUCAAGAUGUUAAAUGAAAAGAAGAAUAGAAGAAAAGAACAAAGUACUGCUACAACGAAUACUACUGGCUCAGAAACAGAACAGAGUAACUCAAAUAAUAAAGAUAGACAAUUCUUUGAUAAACCACCAACUCCAAAGCAGAAUCGAUCUAGUCAUGAUGGUACUCAAAAAAAAGUUGAAAUGAAGAACGUUAAGCAAAUUAUCAUUCAAGAAUUAGACACUUCUAUCAGUGACAAUUGUUACCAAAGCGAUGAUAAAACCAAUCAAAAUGAUAAGGAUAGCUCUGAGAGUAUGAAUCCAGGCAGAAGCAGAAAAAAAAUAUUUUCGAGGCUAAAGAGCUCUUCAACAUCGAGGAUAAACAACAAUUCCAAAACUCGAAAACCUCAAAGACCUUGUUCCCCAGUAGAGAAUCUGAGAAGACAACUACAGAAAUUGGAAGAUUUGGAGGAUCAAUUUCCAGAAAAUCCCCAAUCAGACACUUACCAUCUUCGGUAUCCUUUUUCAGACGGACAGAAAUUUGAAGGGAGUUCUGAAUUGGAAUUUUUUCGUCAUCGAAUCCAUCUCGAAAGGGACUCCAUAAAGAGAGCCAAAGAGAGUUUGAGAAGUCAGAAAAGUUUGUUUCAACAAAGGCAAAAAGAACUGAAGCUCAAACAUGGAACGAUGGCAAGACAUACUCUACAACAACUAUGUCAGGAAGAAAAGGAACUCACAGAUAUGGAAGUCAACCUACACAGAACAAGAAGUUUACUUGGUGAAAAAGUAAUACGUUUACGACAUUUAGAACAGUCUCUCCAACGGGCCAAUAUGCAAAAUGACCAAAAAAAUGAAGACACUACUCUGAGCGAUAUUUCUUCUCAUAGCGCCAGCUCCGGGAUUAGUUCGACAGAGUUUGCCACAGCAGAUAAUUACGGAAAGAUAGUACUGAACAGGGAGAAAUUGCAGGAGUCGUCAGAAAUCAUUCAAAGUUUGGAAAACUUGAACUCGGAAAUAAGGGAAAUCUGGGAUGUGUUACGCACACAGCAGCAGCAGACAAACAUAGCUCAAGUUAUCCCCCCAUUAGUCUAUCCAGAUUUGGGCUGGCCAGUUUUGGCCGGAUCUACGAGUCUGCCCGCACCGCCUUCCAUCCCAACUUUGGCGGAUCGCUUGCACAAUUAUCGACAACACGUCGUGCUGGCCAAUGCCCAGAGUACUGUGGUAACUCACGCAAAUCAAGGGGCAACGACUACUUUGGUGGAGAGAACAAGGAAUCUGAGGCACUGGCUACGACAAACUGGGAUAGACGUGGGAGGGAAUGAAUCAGGCCCUCCUCAAACUACCCUUUGAGGAGGUUAUGUUUUACGAGAGAAGAUAUAUGUUUGUUGAGAUAUCGAUAGUCUAAGCACAUUAUUCCAUGUAUGUUGAACAUUUGGGUAUUGUCGCUAUCAAUGUUAUACAUUUUUUU